AUGACGAUGAUGCAGUACCUAAUUCCAGAACCGAAAACAAAAGAGAUUUUGUUCGAGAAAGCGUUAGCAUCUGAUGGUCCAGCUACUCUAGUAGAAGUUAAAGAGCUAAGCUCUAAGCGUAAAGCGAUAGAGGAAUCUGUAAACAGAACCAGUAAUGUCACUGAUGCCAUUGCAAGAGAGAUGAACAGAGGACUAACUUCUUCCUCUGAGCAAGAUCUGCAUAAACUUGGACAAUACCUUCCACUACUCUUCAACUUGGUGCAUUACUCUGAAAAGAUCACAAAGGUAUCGGGACUCAAGAUAAGAUGGAGUAGUGGAUUGAUAUCGCAGACACUGAUUCAGCGUAGAUGCCCUAAGUUCUUCCAAGUCGACAACAUAAUGUUCGAGCUUGGAAUGGUACUUUUCGUUUACGCGAUCAAGCUCCGCGAGAGAGCUAUGGAGUUAGUAUCAACAGAUGUUAAGAAAUCGGUAACGCUGUACCGAGAAGCAUCAGGAGCUUUCCAUCAUCUGUCUCAUGACCUUCUUCCUUCUUUACAACCUUCGUUGCCUCAAGGGAAGCUUCCCGAACUAACUCCUCCUCUUUGCUCCUCCUUGAGCCUCCUCUGUUUAGCUGAAGGUCAGGCUGUAACUACAAAGAACGCUGAAGAAAGCGGGAAAAGCGCAAGCCUAUUGUCGAAGCUGCAUUACGGUAUUACACAGAUGCUUUCUGAAGCCUCUGCUUAUUUGUCAUCUACAUCAAACGGUGAAUGUAAAGACUUAUCGUCCCGCUUUCUCGAAUAUGUAUCGACAAUGAGAGCUUUACACGAGCUAAAGAGCCAGAAACACUUGGCAGAGUUGCUUGAAUCCGAAGAACGAGUAGGCGAAGCGGUUGGGAUUCUCCGGCGAGCAUUAGCAGCGGCGAGGAAGAGUGUGCCGUCGAAGGAAGACACGUGGCUAUCGAUAUUCAAGAACGAGAGAGAGGAAGUAAGCAAAAUUUUGGCCAAGUAUGAGAAGCUAAACGAUUCCAUGAUGUUACAGAAGAUUCCGGUAGAAACAGAUUUGCCUGUUCCAAAAGGUGAAAAGAUUGUUAAUCUUAUUGCUUACACUCCCACAAGAUGGGAACGAGAGCUUCGAUUCAAGUAG